AUGGGAGACUUGUUUGCAUCGAAACAUUUUAGAGGUGGCAACCCAAUCUUGCUCAACAUCCGAAUGAGGAAAUCCCAAGAUAGCAUUUUUGCAGAUUGCGGCGGUUCGUGUCGUUGGCAGGUGAGCCGCUUAGUCCAAGAGUUAGUGCUGGCCGUGAAACAAAAGGCGUUUGACAAUGCCUUGUCCAAGCUGCGUGACAUUGCAGUUUUGCCAGAACAUGCCAUUCAAGAUGAGCAGUACUGCCAUCCGUAUCAAUUGGCCGAGACCUGGCACUUGGUAGCCUUUGGACAAGAACUACUCGACAAUUAUAGGAGCCUUAGCUUUGGCAGGGCACCCAGACUUAUGGCGCUGUCUGCUGGGACCGGCACUGGUAAGACUCACAGUCUGCUAGAAGCACCGAAGGCAUUGGCAAGUGUGGACAGAGCCUGGACUGACUGCGAGUUCAUUUACAUCACUUACAAUCAAGAGCAAGAUCUGACCAUGGACCUCGAAACUCAAUUCUUUGCAUGUCAAAAGGCCGUUCUUUGGCGAUUAAUGCUACGGCAAGUGGGAACCAGCAACCAGGGAUGCGGCAAGGCAUUGCGCCACUUGAUGAACAUCGAGAUUUCCCCUGCAGAGAUAUUACAGAUGUUUGUGAACGCGGCAGCCAAACCAAAUGUUGUGAUUUGCGUGGACGAGCUGCAGCUUCUGCAAGAAGAAGGAGUAAAGGCAGCGGCUUCCACUCUCGCCAGUGUUGCUCUUGCACUGAGUCAGGCGAGCAAACGGUGUCUUGUUCUUCUAGCUGCUCUCACUGACGAGACACUGAAAAGCGUGAGCGAGCGACCUGCAUUAACAGUCAAUCCCAUCCUACUUGACAAUUCUGGUCGUGAAUUUAUUGUAGAUCGUGCACUUCCAAAUGCAACUGCAAAACAGAAGACCAAUAUCAAAGGAGCUGCUGGCUUGCAUGCACGGUCUAUAGUAGUUGCAUGCCAGCAACUGAGUCAGUAUCCCUCAAUCGACAGCGUAAGAAUUGCAGCUGCAUUGAAAAGUCGCCUUGGUGUGAGACUCAGAUCUGAUGACAGGGCUGACAUCCGAGAGUACAUUAAGAUGUCAAUGACAACGAAUGUGGAAGAUGCGUUGAAGAAGCAUCCAUUGGCAAAGCCUUUUGCAGACCCGAAUGGAGCAAUCCCGCCUGCUUUAACAAUUGCGUGUUUCGAAACAACUGGCAACACGGGUGCUUUGCACCCAGCUUGCUGCAUAUUUGCUCCUGAUCUGUUUGACGACGCGUCGAAAGCGCUGGAGAGGGCCGCUCUAUAUCGUGACCAGUUUCGAGCCUUAUACUCUUUGCCUGUUGUGCCUCAGACGAUGCUGGUGCAGAACACUAAUCCGAGACGUGCUGAAUGGUUCCACCAAUUGCGGUUUCCACUUGCCACAGCCCAGCAGGUGUGCCGUGAAAGCCUCUUUGAAGUGAGGAACAAGCAAACUGUGCGAACACGUUUGCGGCUGCAGGAGGGCGUGUACUAUUUUCCUGGAGCUGCAAAUCAUCCCAGGAUAGAUCGGGCUGUCAUUGCAUAUCACUUGGAGACAAACACACAAUGCCUUGUUAUCUACCAAGACAAGCUCAACCAGAAUUUGCCAAAGGCUGUGAGAUCGCUCAAUGAAGCUGCUGACAGCUUUUGCAAUCACAUCCAGGUAAUAUUAUGUGUAGCUAUAGCUGCCCAGGCCACUGAUGCAACAAAUUGUCAAAGCAAGUUUCGAUAUCCAUAUCUACUAGUCAGAGAGGGCGACAUCAGCAUUUUUUUCUCUCCAACAUUUGCCGCUGCGAUCACGUUCAUCCAAGACAGAGAUCGCAUUGAUUGA